AUGAGUGAAUUAAUUACAUUAACUCCAGUAAUCAAACAACAACGACAAGUAUUGUGUAGAAUACCAAUACUAUCACCGUCGUCUCAGAUAGAUUUAUCAGUAAAUAAUAAUGUUCUAAACCAAAAUGAUGGUGACUUAAUGUAUCAAAAUACGAUACAAGAAAAUCAAAGUAUGAUAAAUUUAGAAACGGUCGAUGUUCUUCCAAAUAACGACAAAUGGGAGGAUGAAAAAAAAUGUCGAAUAUGUUACUCAUCGAAUGAUCUUCAAUCAUUAAUUUCACCAUGUGAAUGUUCAGAAAUAUGUCAACAUGAAUUUAAUGUUGUACGCUAUCCAAAAUCCAUGAUCUAUUUUUUAACAAAUCCACUACGAGCAUCGGAUCUACGCUAUUUGAUUAAUGAUAUUAUACUAUUUUUAUUUUUAUCGGCUAUUAUCGGAUGGUUAAGCAUUGUUAGUGUCACAAAAAUAACUUUAUCGAAAGAAUUUUAUGAUUCAAUAUCAUUUAUUUUGUUACCUGUUUCUGUAAUAUUCAUUUAUAUUAUCUGGUGCUGGGUCAGUUUUCGGUAUCAUUUUCGUACAUUUAAAGAAUGGCGCACACAUAAUCAAUGUAUUCGAGUGGUUUUUAAAGUAGAACAUCAAAAUAAACGUGCUUCAAAAAUUAAAAAACGAAAAACUGUUACUUCUUCUCUUAUAAUAGAUAAUAUUAGUCAACCAUUAGUAUCACAAUUUCAAUCACCACAAUGUACAUUAUUAUGCAUGAUGAAUAAUAGUAAAGAUAACUCAAACGAACAAAUUCCACUAACUGAUCUUGAAACACAACAAUCACUUCUUCAAAAUCAAUUUAAAGUUAAAAUUAAUUGUGGUCGAUCAUUGAACUGGUUUACAAGGUGUCAUUCUGUACCACCACUUGCACUCUCACAACAAUAUCAACGAACGCCUGUUCAUCUUCUCCAAUGA